AUGAAUACGUCCCCCAACUUCUAUUGGGGACCCGCGGCGGAAACCGCCCAGCCUCCCGCCGUGGCUCCCGCUACUUACCCACCUAUACCCUACUCUGAUUUCCCGCGGCCAGUACGACCCCUAACCGUUCUAGACAUGCCUACUCCGGGCUCCCGUCAAGCACCAAAGACGUUUAAGGGUGCCUACUACGAAAUCGAGCGAUUCCUAGAGCACUACGACCGAUUAGUGCGGCAGUACAAUGUGAAGAGUGGACGAGACAAGUGUCGUAACAUCAUUCAGUACUGCUCGCAACACAUAGGAGAAUUCAUCAUGUCCACGCGGGAAUAUGCUAAGAACGAUUGGGAAGGCCUCCGUACCGCGCUACUCAAGUACUACAAUGCCGACAAAGUACAUUCAAAAUACAAACCCUCCGACGUAGUAGCGUUCGUGACCAAGACACAGAAGCGGCGCGUGGAAAACCUCACACAAUGGAAUCAAUACUUCACGCGCUUCGUCAGCCGCGCGGGUCAGCUAGCCAACGCUCAGAAGCUGUCCGAUCAAGACGAGGCAGCAUACUUCUGGUUGGGAAUUCACCCCGCACUACGAGAAAUCUUUGAAAAUCGCAUACUGGCCAAGCGACCGGAGCACGACCUAGAAGAAGCCUACCCCAUCGCCCUAGUCUGCAGCAUCGCGGAGGAAUACUUUCAACGACAAAAGUUCACGACAAUGCGACUUGACGCAGAG